UGCUAUGUUUUCCAAAAUGGUGGAAAACCGGCAGGAAAAUAUGGAUCUGCUGUUUUUUGACACAUUUUCGCAUGAUAAUGCAGAGGAAUUGAACUUAGACUUGGUACAGUUUCCGCGGCCAGUGGUGAUAGGAGAAGUGCGCAUCAUCCCACUGAACACCAGAGUGGAGGCAGGAGUCCCGGGGGGCAUCAGACUGGGUGCCACAAAUCCUUCACGAUUUAAGCUGGAACUCUUUGUCAAUAACCUCAGCAAACCGAAUGCAUCCACAUUUGAAAAACUUGGAUUAUUGGACUACAAGGCAAAUGAAGACAUUCAGCUGGGAACAGAUGUUCAGAUCCCCACGGACGGGCUGAUCCUGAGGGGCUGGUAUACCACCCUUACCAUCGCCAUCUACGGGGUGCUCACCAAUGUCACCGUAGAACCUGAGGCCCUGCCCCCACCCCCUCCACCACAGCCACGUAAACAAGGUGUGCCAGUUCCGCCCUCGUCUGUCAAGACAGAGAUCAAGGCGGAGUCUAAAGACUGGGAGCCGCCCCCACAGCCGCUCCAUGUCACACCCCACACCACACAACACCCCCUGGACUACAUUCAGGAGCAGCUCAACCAGGCCAGCCUUCAUGCCACCACACUGACAGUAGUGUCCUCAGUGCAGCAACCGCAGCCUAUAGCCGUAGUUACACACGGACAUCCCCAGACCCCGGGGCAGAUACCCAUAGGUAUCCCACCCUCCAUGCAGGAGUUCUCACAUCCUGAUCAUCCAGAUUACUGGGGAUACCAGGAACCAGAUAGGCGGGCCAGAGAAUACCCACAGUCCAGAGAAGGAUCCCGGGACAGGGACCGGGAUUACAGGGGAGAUUACCAUGAUGACUGGGAUCACAAACGGGAUCACGACAGGGGUGGCAGGGAUCAUGGGGACUAUGACAGGGAUGGCAAAGACAGGUCCCGGGGCUAUGAUGACAGGAGAGAACGCAACUUUGAUCGCGACCGUGACCGGGAUGGCGACAUGAACAGGCAGUAUGAUAUGAUGGAUAGGGAUAGAGGAAGGGAUUAUGACAGGGGAAAGGACGGGUUCAGGGAUCAAGACAGGGGUAGAGGUGUAGACGACAUGGACAAGACUCAUGAAUGGGACGGUGAUAGACCCAGGGAAGAAACGGUGAUCAUCGGAAGGGACAUCCGAGACAGGGGCUUUAGGGACCGAACCAGGGAAGAUUUCAGGGAGAAGGAGAAGGCAAGAGAGAUCUAUAUGGAGACCCCUAGGAGUCCCUCCACUGGAUCAAGGUCACGCUCAUACAGUGGGGACAGAUUUAGUUCACGGUCAAGGACUCCGUCCCCAAGCAGGCCUAGCCCUGGACCCAUUUCACCGGUCAUUAGAGGGCGAAUCGGAGAGACAACCACCCAAGAGGGGUACAGGUUGAAGGACUUGGUGCCGGUAGAGACUGCAUCCUCUCAGUUCUCGGACAUGGAACAAGGUCGUCCUCCUCCUGUACAGAAAGGUGAUGUGGAGGGAGAAGUGAUGGACGAGGUGGUAGACCAGGUGGGGAGUUCUGCAGAGCAGAUGUACAUGUCCGACGGGGACUACGAGUCCAUCUCAAGUGACGACGAACUCAUCGACAUCGACACUGAACUGAAAUUCAGUUAUAGUGUUUCACAUAGUGCUAGACGUAGAGCAGUUAUGGAUUAUGACAUGGAUGAAGAGGCAUUCAGCUAUAUAACAACGCCGUUUAAUCCUUACCAGUUUGAAAUGCUGCCACCAACAGCCUUCAAGGAUGUGUCUAAGACCUCAUUUGAGGUGGAGAGGGACUCCUUCAUGGCUGCAGAGUUUGAGAAGCCUGCCAGGAGGCCAAAAGAGGCCCAGCUGUUAUUGGACAUCGUGGAGAAAUACCAGAUUGCCCCGCAUCACGGAAGGUGGGUGGAGGCGAUGGAGAGCGUGCCAGGCCUGCUGGCCACAGGCCUCUCCUACCUGAUCUUUGUUGAGGACAACGCUCGGGCUUUGACCUGCCUGCUGGACUGGGCCCAGGAGGGGCUGAUGGAAGACAGAGCCAUGGCCCAGCCAGAGGCGGCUUAUAAGGUCCGCCAUCUCAAGAUGGGUUUCAAGCUGGCUGGGGCACUGUGCAGCUGUGAUCCAAGUAUUGCGGUGCAAUGUCUUACGCGCGACUUUCAAGGGAGACUACUGGACAACUUUGAGUCCCAGUACAUGUCCUUCUCCCUCAAGCAGCAGAUAGUUGUGGCCCUCGAUCAGAGUACCAGGUUUCAGGAUGGGCUGGACUGGUUUCUUGGCAACCACAAGCUGCAGCUGGAAAUGAAGCAAGAACCAGACAACCAGUCAUUAACUAACUACCAGCGCACAGUCUUGCUGCUGCUGCAGAAGAAACAGGUUGUCAGGGUGACCGUUGCAAUAACUACGCUUAUAAGAAAAGUGCACGCCUACGAGGUCAUGAACAAACUACCUCAACAUCUUGAAUGUGUGUUUGAGGGUAUGCCGCUGCCACCCAAUGAGCAGCUGGCGGGCGCACCGGAUCAUGUGACCUCAGGCCUUCACCUGAAUGAGGCCGAUCUUGAUGCAGUUGCUGCUUGCUUGGAUGACAUUACCAAAGUGUACACGCUGGCUCCAACCCUGAUUGCCCAGCCUGAUCGCACCCUGCCUGGCAAGAAGAUGGUGGAAGUAAAACCCAGUCACGAUGAUCCCUACCCCACAUUCUACCAUCUAGCUAACGCUUGUCGUCUUCUGGAGUCCCUCUGUGUGGUGACCUCCUCUCCAGCCAUGUCGUGUGUACCGACCGUUUUUGGUGCGGCGCGCAGUCUCCUGCUGCGGAUGAUCGGCUCCCAGCAUGGCCUGGCCUACCUUGCCUCCAGGUCAGAGGUCACCAACAAGAUCGUACAGGCCCUUAUGCAGAUCACUGAUUCAGAGGAGAUAUCCGAUGAGAAUGUGGCACAGCAGUUGGGUAUAGAGUUGAUAUACCAUCUACAGACCCUUCAUCUUGUGGACAGACUGAGGGCCUAUCAUAGGCUGCCUGAGAAGAACUUGACAGAGGACCAGAUGCCUGUUGGCAUCCUGCACAUGCUGUUCACGAUGACAUUCACACCAAUAGGUCACUCGGCCGUUGUACAGACGCUGGCCUAUGAGGACAAUGUCACCUGCCUGCUGCCAUUCGUCAAGAUGUCAGGCAAGGAUCUACGAAGGUCGGUGUGCGCAGGCUACACCUCCGAGCUCCUCAACAUCGUGGUUCACUACUCAGACAGUGUGGAAUUCCUCAAGAAACAUGGAGAAGAGUUACUGGCCUUUGGAGAGCAAGGUGAGUUCUCCAACAAGCUCUCUCGACUGAAGGAAUGGCUCCUGCCUCUGAAAGCUAUAAGGCAGUUCUCACACGAAGGUCUGUCGGCCAUUGUUGAGCAACUCAUGGCGUAUAAAGAUGACAUAUUGAAGUUGCCCCGUGGUCUCAUCACUGUCCUACGGGUCCUGAGACAUCUGUGUAUUGCUCCAACGGAGGAUUUCCCGGAGGAUAGGCCAGAAGAGAUGAAGUACAAGUGUGUCCUAGUUGAUCUGUACAGUGCAGACUGCCUGCCUGUCUUUGUGACUAUCCUCCAGAAACUGAGUGAGCUGAUGUUGCGACCCUGGCAGAAGGGACUGCCAAAGAGCAGUGAGACAUUCUCUCUGUACAUCUACAUCAUCAAACCGUGUAUGGAGAUUGUCAAGGCCAUCACCCAGUACUUGAUCAUGGCUAGGGGAACGGAGGUAGGCACAAAGUGUAGUUGGGAAUUCCAAUUUCGUGACUUGACGGCCCUCCCAACGCUGUUUGAGUUGCACACAGUCCUCUGUUCUGUGCCCACUUCCAGUGUCUUCAGUCUGGAAAUCAACACUAUUCAGAGGGAUAUCAUUGACACAAUAGCAGCAUACACACAACCCCUGUCACAGCCGAAUGCAGACAAAGACAAGAUAAGUGAGAGUCUGUGGACUCUGGCUGUACGAGACCUGCUCAAGUUCACUAUGAAGUCUCCGUACACAUACCUCAGUGGACUGCAAAUACUCUCAGAGUUACUGCCCUUGCCACUGCCUCUUCAAACUAAGGAGCCACUGACCCAGUCUGAGGAGCAGCUGGCCAUCAACACUCGCAAGCUGUGGAGCGCCCACUUGCUGCCCCUACACACAGCCCUUCACGGGAUCAUCCGCUCCCUGGCCAUCACGGCCUGCCAGCCCCUCCAGCAGAUCCUUCGCAAGAUAUGCCUGCAGAUGUCUGACCUGGCUGCACCCACCGCCACCAUGAUCACACAGUGUGCCCUGGACCUGCUGCUGGAGCACAUAGAGGCGGUGGAGACUCGAGCCCGAGAGGCGCCGGACUCUGAUGAGCUCAAGCUUGCCAUGGCAACAAGGGGUCGCUUCCUCAACCUGCUCUCCAACCUCAUCUCCCAGCCCGCCAUCAAGUGCACCAUGCUCAGGAUCAUUGGGCCUGGAGGGGAGGAGAAGUACCAGACAGUGCUUCACAAGAUGCUGGAGAUACUAAAUCUGGUGUCAGAGAGACCCGAUCAUGUGCAGGACCAGGAGUCCAUAGUGUCCAUACUGCAGAGUCUCUGUGACAUGGAGGUGACCUUGACAUCAGGGGAAACCACUCUGUCAGUGCAAGAACAGGUGUGCAACGCCUUGCCGACCAUUGACCAGCUUACCCUGAUCAUUGAGUCCCUGUUUGAACACAUCUAUCACCCAAACCACAAGUAUGACUCGGUGUUGCCGUGUAUACGGGCUUUUGUGAUGCUCACAGAACACGACUACAGCUUCUACUUGCUGAAAACAACCUUUGAGAAGCAGAAGCACAAGCUGGCUGUGUACCGGCUCCUCAAUCGUAUCAAGUGCAAGUUCAGCAAGGACAGCUCGGACUGCCUGUCCACGUUCUCCACCACCCUAGAGUUCCUGCGUCUGCUCGUGUGCAUCGACAUGCCCGAGACACGUAGCAUCGUGCUGACCAAUCAGGAGCUCAGAGACGCGGUUGCCUGGACACAUGACAUUAAUUCUCACCCGUUGGUGGACUUACAAAAGCAUUUGGAGGAGGGUGUUAAGGAGGAGGAGACACUUGACACCCUGCUUGAGAGUGUCAACAGUCUGCUGUCUGUGCUACAGAAGACUUCGCCCGUCAAACAGAAACCAGAAACAGAACAACCCUUCCUGCCAGAACCCCAGCCAUUGCACAUGCUGUUCAACAUGAGAUCAGUGUGCACGAUUACAGACUCGAAGGAUGAUCGUCUCACUGCAACGUUCUGGCAAACCACAUUUGAGGCUGAUGACGUGGCAACAGAAAGGGACAUAGUACCCUGUGAUCUGGAUGCCAUGUGCUUGAAGUACUGCAAAGAUUUCAGUCUGGAGGAAGAACUCAAGAAAGACAUUGGCCUGGCCUCAGAAGAAGAGCUCACCAAGCCCAAGAAACUCAAAGAUCGCAGGAAGUCUCAAGAGUUUGUUAUGUGGAGAGGUCGAGGCAUACGACGCCCAUAUAUGGCACCAAUGCGAGGUCGAGGCAUUGCCAGGGGGUUGGCAGCGCAGGCUAACAGACACGACAAUUUCCGCAACCGUCCUCCAAACACGAGCCGACCUCCGUCGAUGCACGUGGACGACUUUAUGAAGCUGGAGCAGAAGAGUGAACAGACGAGACCCGAUCUCGUGGUGGUAGACAGGCAGCCUCAUGACAGUGAGUUUGUUCGAGGACGAGGUGGUUUUGACAGGGGUCGUGGAAGCUUUGACCGUGGCAGGGGACAUUUCUUUACCCCACCCGCCACAUUCAGGAGAGACGUAAGUACAAGAGGUGGUAGGGAAGGAGACAUGUACAGACCAAAACCACCUUUUGAAAAUCCUCGCUUUGGAGAAAGUCAUGAUCGACAGAUGUCAGACGACCGAAGAGACGUUCAUGGGGGCUUGGGUGGCCGCUUUGACCCCCGAGGUAGAGGCGGGUGGAGAGGUCAAAAUUGGGCGGGAAACCGUUUCAAGGAAGAAAAUAGGUUUGUGGGAAGCCCAAUGUUUACCAGAGGUCAUGACCCGGGCAGACAUCAAAGGUCAUUCACCAAAUAGUCACGCUGAAAGACUUAGAUGUUUUAACAUUUCGCUGUGAAGCGACACUCAGAGAGACUUUAGUUCUACUUUUGUUUUGAUUUAGCCAGAAUUAUGCAAAAAUACAUUGGUCUACUAGUUAGCCACUUUUAUAAAAAUUAUACUUUUUUUUCAAAAACUUGCUAGUCACAAAUAACACUUAAUUCUAAAUGUAAAGUUUUUGUUGAAAUUUAACAGUAAUUUAUAUGGUUCCAUUUUUGCUCCUUUCUUUUACUUAUAAAAUAAAAGUUAACAUUUGAGUGCAACAUCUCCGUAUCUCUGUAUCUUCUACAGAUAUUGAAAUAAAGCUUAACAUAUGUGUU